AUGGCAGACUCAGCCUCCGGAUCCGUCGCCGAUAAGUCGGUUCAAGUGAAGUUGGUUCUACUCGGUGAAGCUGCUGUCGGCAAAUCAUCAGUGGUUCUUCGCUUUGUGUCAAAUGAGUUCCAGCCCAACAAAGAGCCCACCAUUGGUGCUGCUUUCUUAACGCAGAAGUGCCGUCUUGAGGACCGUAUUUUGAGAUAUGAGAUUUGGGAUACGGCAGGACAGGAGCGAUUCCAUUCGUUGGCGCCAAUGUACUACCGUAAUGCGCAAGCCGCUGUCGUCGUCUACGAUGUCACCAAAGCCAGCAGCCUGGAGAAGGCAAAGUCGUGGGUUAAGGAACUCCAACGUCAGGCCAACCCCAACAUCGUCAUCGCCUUGGCAGGAAACAAGGUCGACCUUGUCCAAUCCUCUACGUCUUCAUCUUCUGCUGCCUCUCCUCCGGAGUCUGAGGACGAAGCCGACGAUGCUACUGCUACACCUGGAGAGACACCCGGUGCGACCGGCGAACCCGAAAGCCUGCGACAGGUUCCCCGUGAGGAGGCACAAGCGUAUGCUACGGAGGCUGGAUUACUGUUCUUUGAGACGAGUGCCAAGACUGGUGAGGGCAUCGUGGACAUCUUCACUGAAAUAGCCAAGAAAAUUCCCAUUGAGCAUAUCCUGGCCUCAACUCGUGGUAACGCAGGACGUCCGGGUGCUGGUGGCAGCAGAGCCGAAGGCACAAGACAGCAAGCCGUCAACCUCGAGGAAGACCCUAACAAGGCAAAAGAUGCUUGCAACUGCUGA